AUGAGACAAUCACACCAGCUGCCCCUCUUGGGGCUCUUAUUGUUUUCUCUUAUUCCAAGCCAACUAUGCACAAUCUGUGAGGUAAGCAAAGAAAACUACUCCAGUUUAAACCCUCUACUAAGCACAAUGAUCCAUUCAAAAUACACCAGAGAAAUCCAAGCUGCCAAUGUCCUGUUGUCCCUUAGACUUGUUGGGAUCCAGGACCAAAACAUAGAACAAAAGCUGUUAAAAGAAGUCAGAAACAGUGAGGAAAAGAAGGAUUUAACCUCGGGACAGCUUGCCUUGGUUAUACUGGCUUUGAGAGCAUGUCAGAAUUCUGAUGAAAGUGUUACAAAUUUUCAUCUGGUCAGCCAACUAGAAGAGAAAUUCCAAGAAGAAAUUAAAAAUAUGGGAGUACAUGAUGGCAAUCCACUGACUAACUACUACCAACUCAGCCUGGACCUGCUGACCUUGUGUCUGUUCAAUGGGAGCUACACAAUCACCGAAGUUAAAAAUUACUUCACUCCGGAAAAUAAAAACUUUUAUUUUGGUGGUCAGUUCUCAGUAGAUACUGGUGCAAUGGCUGUCCUGGCCCUGACCUGUGUGAAGAGGAGCAUAAUGAAUCAGCAGAUCCUAACAAAUGGAGAGGAUUUGCAGCAUAUCAAUAAUUAUACAGAGUCACUGGUAAAAAAGAUUCUGUCUGAGAAAAAAAGAAAUGGUCUGAUUGGGAAUAUAUAUAGUACAGGAGAAGCUAUGCAGGCUCUCUUUGUCUCACCAAACUAUUAUAACAAAAAUGAAUGGAAUUGUCAACAAACUCUGGACACAGUGCUCAAGGAAAUUUCUCAGGAAGCAUUCCAUAUGCCAACUGCUGCAGCCCAGAUCUUACCUGCCCUGAUGGGAAAGACCUACUUGGAUGUUAACAAUGUCUCUUCUUGUGCCAGCAGUCCAGGUCACCUUAAUAUCUCUAUUGAUGAGCUGAUACCUGUAGAACCUACCAUUUCACCCAUAAAGAUCUCAGUCAACUACACUGUGCAAAUCAAUGAAACAUUUUUCACCAAUGUCACCGUGCCAAAGGGUUCUGUCUUCUUGGAUGUGAUGAAGGAAGCUCAGAAAAUCAAUCAGACUGCAUUUCGUUUCACAUAUGCGGAGAGCUCGUGGGGCCCUUACAUCACCUCUGUUCAGGGCUUGAAGGAGAACAGUAAUGACAGAACCUACUGGCAACUCUUGAGUGGAGGCGAACCAGUGAGCCAAGGAGUUGCAAGUUAUGUUGUCCAUAAUGGAGAAAAUUUGGAGGUUCGCUGGAGUAAAUACUAA